AUUUUUUAUGAAUAUUCUCGUUUAUAACGACCUUGGAGCUUCACCCAACUCUGUCAGACAUACUGUCAGCACACUCAAGUCUAUUCUCGGUCAUGCCUACGACGUGAUCGAGAUCGAUCGUCGAGUAUUGCAAUCAGAACCUUGGGAAGUAGGUUGUGUUAUGCUUGUCAUGCCUGGUGGCCGUGAUAUGCCCUAUUGUGAAGCCUUGAAUGGUGAACCCAAUGGGAGAAUUCAGCGAUUUGUUCAAGGCGGAGGACGAUACUUGGGUAUAUGUGCUGGCGCUUAUUAUGCAUCCGCCUCUAUCGAAUUCGAAAAAGGCCGAGCACUUAUGGAAAUCAUCCAAGAACGUGAGCUCGGAUUAUACCCUGGAUUGUCUCGAGGUACGGCCUAUCCAGGCUUUGUCUACAAUAGCGAAAGCGGUGCUAGAUCAGUUACUGUGUCUCUAUGUAAAGAUACGCUUGAAGAGUACUAUGGCACAAAUGUCCCUCAAGAAAUCAACAUGUAUUAUAAUGGAGGUGGUUAUUUUGUAGAUCCUGAUUAUGACCAUGUGACAGUUUUAUGCCGAUACAAGGACUUGGAUGCAGCGGCUGUAGUUCAUUGCCGAGUGGGCAUGGGUCAUGCGCUAUUGAUUGGAACACAUCCAGAGUACGACGUUAGUUCAGAUGAUUUGUUAUCCAUAGAUGAGCAUGCAAGCCAAUCUGUUCGCAAAAUACUGGACGAUCUGGUUUUAUCUGAAGUGGAAAGAAAGCGAUUCUUAAGAGCUGCAUUUGCUCGGAUUGGACUAAGUGUUGUUCCUUUGAAUAGUAACAUCGUACAAGAAAAUAUCAUGCCUGAUCCUACACCCAUCUACAUCACUGGACUAACAAAAGAAUGGGUACAAAAGCCAGUGUCUUAUUUGCUCAAGAAAUCAAAUCCAGUAACACACAUAAUGGAAGACAAAGGUGAUAUUUUCUGUAUAUUACUGAUGGAAGAACAGACCAGUAAGCAAGUUCAACUAUUAUCUAUGUGCAGAAUUAAAGAAGAAAAGGCACCUGUAGUCCAACUAGUAUACCAGAGUACAAUUGAUGCAAUAGAGCCUAUUUGCCCACCUUUUUCAAUGACACCGCAUUUCAAUAUGCAGAUAUACUACGAUCAUCUUGUCAAGAAAAGAGCAUUGCAAUGGGAAGGAGGAGGAUGGCCAAAGUUCGGUAAUGGUGUUAUGUAUGCAGAAGUCAUAAGUAGCACUCAGUCUAUUCUAGAGAAGAACUAUGAAUUCUCAGAAGCAUUACCUAGUGGGUUUGUGUGCUUAGCAUCAAAUCAAAUAGCUGGUAGAGGUAGAGGCAGAAAUUCUUGGGUUUCUCAGUCGGGUGCUCUUCAAUUUAGCAUAGUACUUCGGCAUAGUCUUCAGUUUAGAAAUGCACCUGUUGUGUUUGUACAAUACAUUAUUGCCCUUGCUGUUGUAGAAAGUAUUCGAUCAAGACCUGGAUACGAACAUAUACCCCUUAGGCUAAAAUGGCCGAAUGAUAUCUAUAUAGAGACUAAGGAAAGCUUAAAGAAAGUAGGUGGACUUUUGAUAAAUUCUAGCUUUGUUGAUAAUGAUUUUGUGCUUGUGAUUGGCUGUGGUAUAAAUCUAUCCAAUAUGAGCCCAACAGUAUCCAUCAAUGAAAUCAUUCAAGACUAUAAUGCUCCUCCUUUGGGUCCAGAAGAUACCCUGGCUGGUAUUCUUGUCAAGUUUGAGACUCUUUAUAAUGACUUUUGCGAAAAGGGAAUGGGUCAUUGGUUUUUGAGUCAAUACUAUCAACGUUGGUUACAUAAUGAUGCUGUUGUUAGCCUCACAACACACAACAAUGAAAUGGUCAAAAUUGUCGGUAUUACAUCAGACUAUGGCAUGCUCAAGGCAGAAAGUAUAGAGAAACCAGGCAAGUUCUAUGGUCUUUUGCCUGACGGAAACAGUUUUGAUAUGAUGCGAGGACUACUUGUGCAGAAAAAAUAACCUGCUCAGAAAAUGAGUGUGACAUUAGGUUAAAUAGCCGCCAAGGAUUGUUGUACUGUUUGAACAGAAAAUAUAUAUUUAGACUUUUCUU